AUGACGCGGUUAGCUUCUAGUAGAGCACCAAAGCUCAACGAUCCAUCCCUCUUCAAGACUGAUGUCUGUUAUGUAAACGGAGAAUGGAUCAAGGCAGCCUCGGGUAAGACCUUUGAAGUCUACGACCCGGCUACGGGAGACCUCAUUGGCACAUCUCCUGAGUUUACUGGCAAGGACACUGAGAAUGCCAUCGCUGCUGCUGCUGCAGCGUUCCCUAGUUUCCGGACGAAGACUGGUCGGGAGAAGGCUAGAUUACUACGCAAAUGGUAUGACUUGGUAAUCGAGAACUCUGACGACCUUGCAAAGCUUAUCACGUGGGAGAACGGCAAGCCGUUCGCGGAUGCGAAGGGCGAGGUGACCUACGCCGCUAGUUUUUUCGAAUGGUUCAGUGAGGAGGCGCCUAGAGUAUACGGCGAUUCGAUACCGGCUACCGUACCAGGAAACAGAGUUGUGACUAUCAAGCAGCCCGUCGGUGUCUGCGGUUUAAUUACGCCAUGGAACUUUCCCGCUGCCAUGGUCACUCGAAAGCUCGGUCCUGCUCUAGCGGCUGGCUGCACAGUCGUUGUUAAGGCACCUGGAGAGACCCCAUUUACCGCCCUCGCCUUGGCCGAGUUAGCGCACAGAGCUGGAAUUCCGAAAGGCGUUGUUAACUUCGUGACAACCUUAAAGAACACACCUGAGGUCGGAGAGACGCUGGCGACUCACCCUACCGUACGGAAGAUAUCUUUUACAGGAUCGACGGGCGUAGGAAGGCUCCUCAUGAAGCAGGCUUCUCCAACCUUGAAGAUCCUGUCUAUGGAACUGGGAGGUAACGCACCAUUCAUCGUGUUUGACGAUGCCGAUGUCGACGCGGCUGUCACAGGCGCCAUCGCCUCCAAAUUCCGCUCGUCCGGCCAGACUUGCGUGUGUGCCAAUAGGAUAUACGUCCAAAAGGGUAUCUACGAUGAGUUUGCAAAGAAGUUUGCAGAGAAGGUUAAGGAAUUCAAGGUUGGCAAUGGGUUUGACGAAGGCAUCACCCACGGACCUCUGAUCCACGACCGAGCCAUCUCGAAAGUAGAGGCUCACAUUAAAGACGCCGAGAAGAAGGGAGGUAAGGUGGUUGUCGGCGGACAGAAACUGCCGGACCUGGGAGCUAAUUUCUACCAACCUACCGUCAUCACUGGAAUGACCAAGGACAUGGCUAUCGCAGGCGAGGAGACCUUUGGACCUGUGGCCGGAUUAUUCUCAUUCGCCACGGAGCAAGAAGUAGUAGAUUUAGCAAACUCUGCCGAGGUCGGUUUAGCAGGCUAUUUCUUCUCGCGAGACUUGGAGCGGAUUACAAGGGUGGCUGAAGCGCUAGAAGUAGGAAUGGUGGGCGUCAACACAGGUCUAAUUUCAGACACUGCUUCGCCAUUUGGAGGUGUGAAACAAUCCGGAUUCGGCAGAGAGGGAUCUAAAUAUGGUAUUGACGAAUACUUGAACAUCAAGACGAUAACGUGGGGAGGCAUGAAUAAGCCGCUGCAAAGUUGA